AACGGCAAGUUCACGUCGGGGUAACGCUCACGGGUUGUGGAAGUCCUGCCUUCCUCACCGAGUCACAGCCAGUGGGACUAUUUCCUGUCGGUUUUUAGGGAAUUAACGGUGAGACAGACGGUUUAACGAGCGGUGAACACAAGUGGUGGUCAAGAAUGGCUGCACUGCGUCGUCUGAAGCAGUGCCACUCCACGGGCAUUGCUAUCUCACAUUUUCACACGAGCAGCCGUGCCUCUGCCAAGCAGCACUACAAAAUGCUUGUGCUCGGAGGAGGAAGUGGUGGCAUUACGAUGAGUGCACGGAUGAAGAGGAUGAUGGGGGCUGAGAAUGUAGCUGUUGUGGAGCCCAGUGAGAUGCACUACUAUCAGCCAAUAUGGACGCUGGUUGGUGCUGGUGCAAAAACUGUAGCCUCAUCAGGUCGCCCCACAGGGAGUGUUAUGCCGUCUGGAGUGAAGUGGGUGAAAUCCAAAGUUCAGGAAAUAAACCCAGACGCAAAUACUGUCCGCACAGAUGAUGGGACUGAAAUCACCUAUGACUAUUUGAUUGUGGCUCUCGGUAUGCAACUCCAUUAUGAGAAGAUCAAAGGAUUGCCAGAGGGGUUUGAGCAUCCAAAGAUUGGGUCGAACUACUCGGUCCAAACCGUGGAGAAAACGUGGAAAGCACUGCAGAACUUCAAAGAGGGCAACGCUGUGUUCACUUUCCCAAACACUCCUGUGAAAUGUGCUGGAGCUCCACAGAAGAUCAUGUACCUAUCAGAUGCCUUUCUCAGAAAAACAGGAAAAAGAGCAAAGGCCAACGUAAUGUACAACACAUCGCUUCCUGUGCUCUUCGGGAUCAAGAAAUAUGCUGACUCAUUGUGGGACAUUGUGAAACAACGUGACCUACAAGUGAACCUGAGACAAAAUCUGAUUGAAGUGCGGGCAGACAAGCAAGAAGCUGUGUUUGAAAACCUCGACAAGCCAGGCGAAACCAGUGUGGUGGAGUAUGAAAUGCUUCACGUCACGCCACCAAUGGGACCCUGUUCUGUGAUCAAAGGCAGUCCGCUGGCAGAUGAGGCUGGCUGGUUGGAUGUCAACAAAGACAACCUCCAACAUAACAGGUAUCCGAAUGUGUUUGGGAUUGGAGACUGCACCAACCUGCCCACAGCCAAAACAGGCGCUGCUGUCGCUGCACAGAGUGCCGUCUUGAACAGAACCAUCAGCAAAGUACUGAAAAAUGAGAAGCCAGAUAAAAUAUAUGAUGGCUACACCUCGUGUCCGUUGGUCACAAGCUACAACACAGUCAUUCUGGCAGAGUUUGACUACAAUGGACAACCCCUUGAGACAUUUCCCAUCAACCAAGCCAAAGAACGAAGACUCAUGUACCACAUGAAAGCUGAUGUGAUGCCUAUCCUCUACUGGCAUGGGUUUCUACGGGGCCUGUGGGGCGGACCAGGACCAUUCAGGAAACUCUUCCAUCUUGGGAUGAAAUGAAACCUCACCAUCAGUUUGCAGGAUAACAGUUAUAUUCCCAAAACUUUUAGGCAAAGACGUAGCACAUUAAAUUCACCAUAAAGGGGUCCGUACAGGGGUAACAUGUAUGGCCUGGACAUCAAGACUAAUCACAAGAAGAUCGAUCAAGUUAUCAUGAAUAUUGAAACAUUAAAUCUGCUGUAAGUGGUGCGCUGAUAUUAACAUGGAAUAAAAUGACUCCCUGUAAUGAGAAAGAGCAGAAACAAAGUGAGAUUUAAAUUUUAAUUCUGCUGUUGUGUGGAACUUCUAGCUGCUUAGAGGUCAAUGUUUUGUGUUUUUUUGCGGCUCAUUGAAUGUAAUGUCUUGCUGCUUUCACCAACCCCAUUAUCCAAGCAGAUAUGAGAUUUUUAUUGGAGCCUAGAACAAAAGUUUGUAGAUUUGCAACCCUACUGUAGGUGCACCACUAUACUUUUAUAAGCCAGUAGGUUUCACCUGAGUCCCACAGCCUUACUGGGGUUGGCCAGGUUCUUCCAAGGUUUAUUCAGCUUCUUGCUGCAUGGUAUAUAAUCCAUGUUGCCCACUUGCAUCCAAUUUUAUUUGUUAAUUUUCACAUAGGAUUAUUGAACAACUAUUCUCAUUAAUCACAGUGUACGAUGUGCUCUUUUUCAGAUUGCUCCACUACAGAUUGUGUGUAUUGGUGGAGGUCAGUUAUUGUGUGUGUACUAUUUUGCCAUUUAAGGAUUUUGGUUGUCUCCAUUUUAAACGCUAAAGCAUCCAGUCUGUGAAAAUGUAUUUUUUUCAUAGUACUAUGUCAAUCAUUUGUGCUACCAAACCUUUAGUAUGAGUCACUGUCUUCUGGGAAGGGUCGACCAUUAACAUGGAAACGACCACAAGUGCUUUUCUUACACGUAAACAUGAAUGUCAGAUAUAGAGUUUGGUACAUAGUGAUUAUUUUUCUGAGUGCUUAACUGAGUUAUAACAUCUUGGUGGUUAUACAGUCACUGCUGACUUUGUGAUUGUAUUUUUAAAAUUAUUACUCUUUAAUCAUUUAAAUGACUCUGUACACUUAUGAAUCUUUAAUUACGCUGUUAAAGAACAAAGUGAAAUUGUUGCUGAAAAAUCAUAAAUAUAUACUCAGUAUAGUUUCA